AAUUUUCACCUUUAGAAACGUCUGGCGAGACGUGCAAACACAUCCAAUAUAAUCAUCCAUGAAGAGGAUGGAGGAAUGGAUCAUUGAUCAAAGAUUCAUUUCCCAAACUCCGUGUUCCAGAUACGUUUAUCAAACCCUCGAUUAAUCCCAAUUUCGGUUUUGGCUUCAAACCCUAGAAUCAAAAUUCUCUCAUUGGUCGAAGGUUGACUGGCUUUCUCAUUUCACUGAGACACAUUUCUGCUUAAUUGAAAUGUGAGACUCCUCCAAUCUACAAAUCAUCGUUGCGACUCUGAUUUUUUUGGAGAUUUAUUUGAAGAGAAGAAUUGUGUACUUAGGGAUUUGUUUUUUUCUUGAAGAGAAGAAUCUACAUUUGUACUGCUCCCUUUGAGGAGACAAUAAGGGAAAAGUUGCAAAGAUGAUGUCAAGAUCUUACACCAAUCUUUUGGAUUUGGUCUCUGGUAAUUUCCCAGCAAUUGGUGCGGAGACAGAGCGGAAACGUUUCCCUCGGGUAAUGACACUUCCAGGGAAUAUAUCAGAGCUAGACGAUGAGCAAACAAAUAGUGUUACAUCUGAAAAUCCAUCUUCCAUAGCUGGUGAUCGAAUAAUCAUUGUUUCAAAUCUUUUGCCUCUGAAAGCGAAACGGAGGCUGGACAAUAAAGGGUGGAGUUUUUGUUGGAAUGACGAUUCAUUGCUUUUACAGGUGAAGAAUGGGUUUUCAGAAGAUAUGGAGGUGCUGUAUGUAGGUUCAUUACCUGUUGAUAUUGAUCCGAUCGAACAAGAUGAUGUAUCCAAUUAUCUUUUGGAGAAGUUUAACUGCGUGGCUGCCUUUUUGCCACCGAGCCUUUUGGAAAAAUAUUAUCAUGGAUUUUGCAAGAAACAGUUAUGGCCACUUUUUCAUUACAUGUUGCCGUUUACAUCCGAGCUUGGUGGUAGAUUUGAUAGGACUAUGUGGGAAGCCUAUGUGUCUGCUAAUAAGUUGUUCUCGCAGAAAGUUAUUGAGGUUCUCAAUCCUGAGGAUGAUUUUGUUUGGAUUCAUGAUUACCAUUUAAUGGUUUUGCCCACAUUUUUGAGGAGGCGCUUUGUCCGCUUAAGAAUGGGUUUUUUUCUUCAUAGUCCAUUUCCUUCGUCUGAGAUUUAUAGGUCACUUCCUGUUAGAGAAGAAAUCCUCAAGGCACUGCUCAACUCUGAUCUGAUUGGUUUUCACACUUUUGAUUAUGCUCGGCAUUUCCUCUCAUGCUGCAGUCGGAUGUUGGGCUUAGAGUAUCAGUCGAAGAGGGGGUACAUAGGGCUGGAAUAUUUUGGAAGGACAGUAGGAAUAAAGAUUAUGCCUGUUGGGGUACAUAUGGGUAAUAUUGAGUCUGUAAUUAGGCAAGCGGAUAAAGAGCUGAAGGUUGAGGAGCUGAAGCGUCAGUUCGAAGGCAAGACAGUGCUGCUUGGGGUUGAUGAUUUGGAUGUAUUUAAAGGUAUAAACCUGAAAUUUUUAGCUAUGGAACAAAUGCUCAAGCAACGUCAGAAAUGGCAGGGGACAGCUGUUCUAGUGCAGAUUGCAAAUCCUGCAAGAGGAAAAGGAAUAAGUUUGGACGAAACACUUGCUGAGAUAGAAGAGACCUGUAAGAGAAUUAAUAACGAGCUCGGGAGGCCUGGAUAUCAACCUAUUGUUUUUAUCCAUCAUCCGGUAUCAAUCACCGAAAGAAUGGCUUAUUACAGCAUUGCUGAAUGUGUUGUCGUGACUGCAGUGAGGGAUGGGAUGAACCUGAUUCCUUAUGAGUACAUUGUCUGCAGGCAAGGGGUACCCGACGCUGAAACAGGGCUGGAUGUAAGUGGACCUAAGAAGAGCAUGCUCGUGGUCUCUGAAUUCAUUGGCUGCUCUCCUUCUCUAAGUGGUGCCAUUCGUGUUAAUCCAUGGGAUGUCGAAUCAACAGCUGAGGCAAUGAAUGAGGCCAUAUCAAUGAUGGAAUCAGAGAAAGUGUUGCGGCAUGAGAAGCAUUACCGGUAUGUUAGCACCCAUGAUGUAGCCUUUUGGUCCAGAAGCUUCUUGCAAGAUAUGGAAAGAACUUGUGCAGAUCAUUUCAGGAAAAGGUGCUGGGGCAUUGGUCUUGGCUUUGGCUUUCGAGUAGUGGCUUUGGAUCCUAACUUUAGAAAGCUUUCCAUAGAUGAUGUGGUGGCUGCUUACUGUAGGGCCAAGAGUAGGGCUAUCUUGUUGGACUAUGAUGGCACCUUAAUGCCUCAAAAUUCGAUUAUUAAGACUCCAAGUGCCCAAGUGAUAUCCCUGUUGAAUAGUCUGUGUGAAGAUCCAAAAAACAUUGUUUUCAUGGUGAGUGGAAGAGGGAGGAGCAGUUUAAGCAGUUGGUUUCUUCCAUGCAAUAAGUUGGGACUUGCUGCCGAACAUGGCUACUUUAUGAGGUGGCCACAACAUGAAGAUUGGGAAACAUACAGCCAGGGUUCUGAGUUUGGUUGGAUGGAGAUGGCCGAACCAGUUAUGAAAUCAUAUACCGAGGCUACAGAUGGUUCCGGUAUUGAGAGAAAGGAAAGUGCUCUAGUUUGGCAUUAUCAAGAUGCAGACCUGGGAUUCGGAUUUUCCCAGGCAAAAGAAAUGUUGGAUCAUUUAGAAAGUGUUUUGGCAAAUGAACCUGUAGCUGUGAAAAGUGGGCAGUUUAUUGUCGAAGUCAAACCUCAGGGUGUUAGCAAAGGAAUUGUUGCUGAAAAAGUUUUCACAUCGAUAACCGAAAGUGGGAAUCAGGCAGAGUUUGUUCUGUGUAUAGGUGAUGAUAGAUCUGAUGAGGACAUGUUUGAGCUUAUCAGGACAGCAGUAUCUAGGCAAAUUAUAUCUUACAAUACCGAAGUAUUUGCCUGCACAGUCGGGCAAAAGCCCAGCAAAGCAAAAUACUACUUAGACGACUCAUCUGAAGUGGUAGCAAUGCUGGAAUCUCUUGCAGAAGCUACCAAUUCUCCGGCCCAAUCUGAUGACGAAACUGAUCGAGCGCAGCAACGAACAGGUCAAGUUUCAUUUUCCUGAAUUAGAAGUUAACUGUCUUAGUUUGGCUGGUGAUGGUUCUUUUGGUCAUAUUGGUUUAUUAGGCAAGACACUAGAGAAUGAAUGGGAUAUAGAUAUAAUUCUUUCCUUUUUACAUUUCCUUGUCAUUCUUAACCCAUCCAUUCUAAUUAGGGUUUAGGCCUUUUUUCUUGGGUAGAACUUACUAGUUGAUAUGAUGAUAUUCUUUGGGAAUUGUAUAUGAUAAAAAGGACAUAUAUGUUCCAAGUGUAAUUUUGUAUUUUUUAAUGUUUGAUGGAACUACUUGGAUUUUUCUAUAUCAUCUUUUGUACAACAGUUAAUGUGUUGUGAAGAUGAUACAAUAAAUUUAUGCAGAUAUGAUUUGUAU